AAGGAACGGCCUCGAAAGGGGGUCCUUCCCCUGCCGAGAACCAGGAAUCGUCCCCCAGCCCGCGUGCGCGACCGGCCGGUGCGCCUCGGCCCGCGGACAAUCCUUUAUACACAGACUGUCGGACUUGAAAUCUUCCCUUUUUUACUGCAUUCGGUUGACUUAACAGGGUUUCAAGAACAGCAUUCAUAAAUUUCCAGAAUGGAGAUUUCCUCUCACCAGUCCCACCUCCUGCAACAACUGAAUGAACAGCGCAGGCAAGAUGUAUUUUGUGACUGCAGUAUUCUAGUCGAGGGGAAGGUCUUCAAAGCACAUCGAAAUGUAUUAUUUGCUAGUAGUGGCUACUUUAAAAUGCUUCUUUCUCAGAAUUCAAAGGAGACAAGUCAGCCAACCACAGCUACGUUUCAGGCGUUCUCCCCUGACACUUUUACAGUUAUCCUGGACUUUGUCUAUUCUGGCAAACUAUCUCUUACCGGUCAGAACGUCAUAGAAGUGAUGUCGGCUGCUAGCUUCCUUCAGAUGACGGAUGUCAUUAGUGUCUGCAAGACUUUUAUUAAAUCUUCAUUAGAUAUCAGCGAGAAAGAAAAAGAUCGCUAUUUCAGUCUCUCAGAUAAAGAUGCCAACUCUAAUGGCAUAGACCGUUCCUCUUUUUAUAGUGGUGGCUGGCAAGAAGAAGGCAGUUCUCCACAUGCUCACCUAAGCCCAGAGCAAGGAACAGGUAUAAUAAGUGGAAAAUCUUGGAGUAAGUAUAAUUAUCAUUCAGCCUCCCAGAGGAAUACUCCACAACCUCUGGCCAAGCAUGAACAAAGGAAAGAUCCCAUUAAAAAGACCAAACAUUUGAGAUUGUCACAACCUUCUGACGUUGCUCAUUAUAAGUCAAGCAAACGAGAAGCCCGGACAGCUGAUUCUUCCAGCCAUGUUUCCCAAACUGAAGAACAAACACAAAUUGAUGCUGAAAUGGACUCGACUCCUGUUGGCUAUCAAUAUGGUCAAGGAUCUGAUGUCACAUCCAGAAGUUUUCCAGAUGAUCUGCCAAGGAUGCGAUUCAAGUGCCCGUACUGCACGCAUGUGGUGAAGCGGAAGGCGGACCUAAAGCGCCACCUGCGUUGUCAUACAGGGGAAAGGCCUUAUCCAUGUCAAGCUUGUGGAAAGAGAUUUAGCAGACUAGACCAUCUAAGUAGCCAUUUCCGAACAAUUCACCAGGCCUGUAAACUCAUCUGCAGAAAAUGCAAACGCCAUGUGACUGAUGUAACAGGGCAAGUGGUGCAGGAGGGAACCAGGCGCUACAGACUGUGUAAUGAGUGCCUUGCUGAAGUUGGCAUCGACAGCCUCCCCAUGGAUUUGGAAGCUGAACAACAUCUCAUGUCCCGAUCGGAUGGAGAUAAGGAUUCCAGAUGGCACUUGAAUGAAGAUGAGAAUAGAUCCUAUGUGGAGAUUGUAGAAGAUGGCUCUGCUGAUCUGGUCAUCCAACAGGUUGAUGACAGUGAAGAGGAAGAAGAAAAGGAAGUAAAGCCCAACAUUAGGUAGCCGUGAUGUGAACCAACAGAGCUUGCAUGUCUGCAACUUCCAUUGACUUCCUCUCUCUCUCUCUAUGGGCAGAGUCUGGUUAACAAAUUUAUCAUACUGACUUAAAAGAAAUGAAGUGAUAGAACUUGCAUGCUUUCUAAACAUCGUAUCCACUCUGAACUUUGUUGCCCUAAAAUAUAUUGCUGCAUUGGAAAGAAAGACCUAGAUUGAUUUGGCAUGAUGGAUGAAUAAUUAUCCUCUUACUUUUAUUGCAGAAAUACCUUUUUCCUUUCCUUUUUUUUUU